CAAACCUCCUUCAAGACUCCAGUCCUCACAAAGAACACCAAGAACUUCCCUCAAGAAGAGCCGCAAUAGCCUUUGACAGAACCUCCAAGCGUCCUACCUGACAUCCAAACCUCUUUACCACUAUGAAAAUCCAAAGCUUCUCUUUUGCCUUGAUUGUCCUCAGCUUCAUCGCCGUGGCUAAUGCUGAUAUUUGCAGAAGGUGUACGUCCAGGAGAGGACAAUGUUUGAUCGAUCAAGAUUGCCUUAACGCUUGUGAUUGGAAUGAGCGUAGUCCCAAGUAUGGCUUGAAUGGAGACUGUGACUGGGGCCGCUGCUGCUGUGGAGCCGACUGCUAAGUGAUUCACAAUGCACCUUUCAGAACAACUCUGUUCUACGCCUAGCUAUUCCUUCUCUUAUCUCGAUCCAAGAUUGUCCAUAAACCUAACCAACUAAAAUAAUAAAUGAGAUAUUGAGAUACUA